ACUCGGGCUCGAACAGAAAGCCCAAUUAAAAACACCGGGUCGGGUCGACCUAUAAAAGUAUAUAUAUCGGACAAUGCCCUACAUUCUAUUGUUUCUCCACCAGAAGCAGCCUCUCCCACUACUCUCUUACGUACUGCGGCGGCGGCAAUCUCCGGCGGCAAACCUACCAUCACCAUGGUGAACGUUCCCAAGACGAAGAAGACAUACUGCAAGAGCAAGGAGUGCAGGAAGCACACCUUGCACAAGGUCACCCAGUACAAGAAGGGUAAGGAUAGCCUCGCUGUGCAGGGGAAGCGACGUUACGAUCGCAAGCAAUCUGGAUAUGGUGGUCAGACAAAGCCUGUCUUCCACAAGAAGGCCAAGACUACCAAGAAGAUUGUGCUGAGGCUCCAGUGCCAGGGCUGCAAGCAUGUCUCACAGCACCCGAUUAAGAGAUGCAAGCACUUUGAGAUUGGCGGAGACAAGAAGGGCAAGGGCACUUCUCUCUUCUAAGCAUCAGAUCAUUUUCUUUGUGUUACUGCCUCAAGUCAGCCACUAGUUUUGGCUAUUUUUGUUCUUUUGGACUUUCAGUUUCUCUUAACUUUCGCUUCAAGGCACGUAGGUUGAGUGCGAUGAAAUGGUUUUUUUUAUCUUCUGUAGUUGAUGAAAAUUUUACUUAUGCAGCUUAUGUAUGUUGACUUAUCUUUAGCGUUUCAAUUUGCUUGUGCAAAAUUGGAAGAAUUCAGGAUUAUAGAUUGGCUUCGGACAGGGAUAAAGAUUACAAAAUUAUUAUCUCA